AUCCACCCCUUAAACCCUAUAAAAGCUCUCAAUCCUGAUCGGCUUUUCAUCGUACAAAAUUAAGGGUCAUUUGGGUAGGCAACAAAGGGUUUCAGUUCAAAGAUCAGAUUUAAAUCAUGGGAAUUUCUCAACUUGCUCUACUUUCGUUUCACUCCGAUGGUAUCCAAAGAAACGAGGAAACGUCCCACUCCAAUGGCUCCUUAUGGAGCAAACUGUUGGAAGCAAAGGCCAAGAGAAGAUUGAAAGCAAAGAAACAAAGAAAGGGCACCAGAAGCAGAAGUAUUUUAAUGAAGAGGAGGGCAGUUGGAGAAGGUUCUAGAAGGCUGGUUGUCAGCCCUAUCGUAAAGAAGGUGAAAACGCUGAAGAAGCUGAUUCCCAACAACGGUUCCAUGGGGUUGGAUGGGCUUUUCAGGGAUACAGCUGAAUAUAUAUUGUCUUUGCAGAUGAGGAUCAAAGUUAUGCAGAUUAUGGUUAAUGUAUUGACAGAUUCUGACGAGUGAAUAGAUGAUAAUGUUCAUUUGUAAAGUCUGAUUAUAUAUAUGUAUAUCAUAUUCCUUUCUUCUUUUAUUAUUGACAUGAAAAAAGGUUGCAGUUUGGGGAUAGGGCAAAAGAGUCGGGAUUUAAACAUUCGACCUAUUGGAGAAGGAGGUGAAUACAUGAUUCCAUAUAAUACAUAUUGUUAGAGUUUUGUUUGUUCAUCAUUAUUCAUGUUGUUUCAUAGUCAUAGGAGUUUGUUUUAUUAAAAAGUCCAGCUAUAUGGCAUGAUAUUCUUAAGCUUUAACUAAUACCAUUGGUCGUUGUAUUUGUGUGAAAAUGACCUUUGAAAUGGACACCUGAAUUUUAUGUGUGAUGCAAUAUUUAUUUUCUUUUC